UCGCCAUUUUCUCUUCCCCUUUUAAAUCCCUCCCUUUUCCUUCCCUCCUGAACCCUUCUACUCGAUCCUUAGCCACGGCUGGAUCGCUAUCUGGACUCAUCUUCCAUGGCCAAACCAGCAUCUUCGUCUAAGAAAGACCUCAUAGUCCGUGCUGAUCAUGAGGAUCAGGAGGAAAGUGGGUGGACUUCUUACUUCGAAGAUUUAUCGUCAAAUACAGGUUCUUCUUGUUUCAGUUUGUGUAGUGGGGGCUCUUCUUCUUUGGUCUCGGAUGCUGCUUCUUGUGCUGCAUGCAAAUUCUCUCACCACCACAACCAUCGUCUUCUUUCCUCCCUCUCUUCAAAUAAUUACGGGGUUCCCCCAAAUCAUCCUGAUAUGAAGCUCAGAUUCAAGAAAUCACGGACCAAGAAAGUUUCACAUGAUGAUGAUGAUGAUCCUUUGGAGGACACUGCUACUUCUCCUCUCAACAGUCCCAAGGAUGGAGAUCAAUUGGAUCCAACCGUGACGAUUCCUACAAAGACAGCUGAUCAUCUAUCUGAUGAUUCCACGGGUAAGGGAUUUACAUCAGAGCAUGUUUCAGAUUUGAAGAGAGAUCAUGGAGCUCACAGUAAGGAUGAAAAGAAUAGCAGAGGAAAGAACAGCAUGAGCUACACAGACCUGAAGAAAAGAGGACUCAGUUUGUUUCCCUUGUCCAUGUUGGUUAAUUAUUUUGGAUGACUUCUUGUCCAUGUAGCGUUUUUAUUUCUCUCUGUCCUCCCCCUCCUUCGUAUGUCUUUUGGCCGCCUUCUUUGUAGUUGAAAUCAUAAAGCUGUAUACACAAUACAAUGGCCAUGUGUUUUGAUUGUAAUGGCGAGGAGAGAGCUGUUUAAGUUUGGCGUAGGUUAAAAGCUUAAGGAAUUAUAAUGUAUUAUUAUUAUCGGUGUAGCAUAUAAUAGCGAGGUCUCUAUCAUUUCAUGAUUUAUUUUGUUUGGAGGAA